AUGCAGGCCUGCUUCAAGUGGUUGGCUGUGGUGGUGAUUGUGUGCGCGCUCUGCACAGCCGCCUCGAAUGGAGCCGAACUUUUUUUAGCUCAGUACCAAGACAGCGGAUGUUCAGUCCUCGUGGAGAACUACCAGGUCCAGCCUGACGGGAACUGCACGCCAAGCCAACAAAGCGGCUUCUAUUCGUUCGCCACUGACGUCGCCAACGCCACAGCUGCCAAGUAUCGCUACGCUUGUGACUCCCAGUGUGCGGACUGCCUGGUUCAAGGGACGACAGUCUUCGGGCACUGCAACUCUAUCUUUCCAGCAUUCGGUUAUUCGGCGAUCUGGCGUGCUCAGCCUGCCAAGUUGCAGGUCGAGUCCUUCUCUGACGCACGAUGCGCCACCCUCCUGCCCGAGCUGAGCGGUGUCUUCGCCAGUGGCGUGUGCAUGGCCGGCAAAGAGCUGAACUCGCGCUACUCCUUGGUGAAUGGAGAGAAGGGACAACCGCUGGUCCUGUACAGCCUUCGAUGCCCCCACACUGACUGUUCUCUUUGCUACCCAUAUGGCCAGGCUCAACUCAACACCUGCUUCCAAGUCGCCCCCUGGCUCGCCAGAUGGGCAAAGGUGAGCAUCGUAAACUGA